GGGGGUGGGCAUACAGAACCCAACUGUCUGAGAAUCUAAACAUCGCAUUCGUGAAGCAACGAGGACCUUCCGUGUCGUCCAUUAGGCCUAGUUACAGAUUUAGAUAUCAUCGCAAGAUAUUCUGCCCUCGACAGAUAUUCUGCAUGCUGUACUGUUGCGGAAGCAAGGACGAGGAGAAGGAGCGCCCGGACGCGAAAAAUCCAGGGGUAGAGAGACCGAAAUCAAAUAAAUCAGAGCCAAAUCAAGAGAGCGCACACCGACCGCUAGCAAUGUACGGAGUAGCGGCGGGAAUGCCCGAACUGUUACCUCCAUUUGGAGUGAUCCAACCCGGCACGGGGCGCUCCCGUGAGCCGAAUGAGGGUCCCGGUUUGGGAACGAGAUUCAACAGGGGUGAGGUGAGCUUUGACUCCCCCCAGCGGAGACUGGGACAUCGGGCCCCGAAGCUAGGGCAAAUAGGACGGUCGAAGAGAGUGGACAUAGACGACGAGGACCUGGAUGAUAUGAACAACAACGGGCCUCUCCUCCCCAUCUCCCUCAGCCUCUCGCCCGUAGCCUGACCUCGCAGCGUCCAGAGCGGACCGAGGGUGGAGAUGACCCCGCGGACCCAGGAGGAGGUCCACCUGUCCUGGAAUGCCUAGCUGGGGGGGUGGGGGCGGGGGCUGGCCUGACGUUUACAUUAGCAGCAUGCACUUUGACCUGUAGUUUAGUUUCCUGGCAUCUUCGCUGCAGCUACUGUAGUUGCUCUGGUGUGUGUGGGGGGAGGGGGGCAACAACAUACCUGGAG